CCUGGCGGGGGCCGCGGCGCGCGCCAAUGGGCAGCGGCGGGCUGCGCGCCCCGCGCCCGAGCCGCAGUCGCGCCCUCUCACUGCCUAGCGAAGGCUUGGACGGCGCGCGGAGGCGAGCGCGGUGAAGGGCCUUCGGCGCCGCAGCCGCAGCCGCCUUCAGGGCAUGAGGAUGGCCGUGGGCUCCGUCAAGAUGCAGCCGCCGUGCGAGAGUCCGGCCCUGGCCGCGGCGGCGGCGGUGGCGGCGACGGACGGCGCCUUUCGCCGCAGCCCCAGCGCCCGCGAGCCGGAGCGCGAGCCGCUGCAGUUGCCGCCGCGGCCGCGGCUGCGGGACCUGCCCGCGCUGCUGCGGAGCGGCCUCACUCUGCGGAGGAAGCGCAGCGCCGCCGGGGGCCGGACUCUAUCAAGAAGAAUUUCCAACCCAUACCUUGAACCUGCUCCUUCCCAGAUUUAUGGAGAGAAUUCUUCUUGUGCAGGAAGAGCACUGAGGAAUAUUAUCAUCGUUCAGGCAGCUGACCUGAUAAAGGACAGGGUGAACCUCAAGGGAUUUUACAGGAGAAGCUGCGUUGGGUCGGAACUGGUAGACUGGCUUCUAGAACACUGUCCUUUGGUCCAAUGCAGAUCUAUGGCCAUAGGGGUCUGGCAGCUCCUACUGGAUAUGGGAAUUAUGUCAUCAGUGGACCAGCAUUUAUGCUUUCAAGAUACCUAUGUUUUCUACCAGUUUUCGUCUGAUGAGUGUAGCUACUUGUACUGUGAAUUUGAAAGAGAAGAGGCGUGGCAAAACGGUGUCAAACUUUUACUGCAGCUGGUGCCUCUCAUUCCCACUAGAGCUGGCAUCUGUGAACUAUCUCAUCAGAAAAUUGAAGACUCAGAAGAGAGCAGCGAUGAAAUUCUUUGUCGUCUAACGUCUGCGGUGCAGAGAGAGCUAGCAGCUGUUAUUGCUUUGAAAGCAAGGAAGUCUGCAAUUGAACAAGAUGAAGAAAACAGUGACAAACACGUAACUGUGACAGAGGCUGAAGGUGUUGCAGAUCCUCAGGCUGGGGUGAUAUGCAAACUUCAGGAGAGAGAUGAUAUCGGGCGAAUUGAACUGGUCCAGAAGCUGGCAAGAGAAAACUGUCAAUUUUUGCAGACGGACAAAAAAGAACAGGAGAAGUCUGAACAUCAGGAUGAUGAAGUGACAACCGUUCAGGUUAAAGAGCAAGACCGGGACGUCCUGGUGCUGAAGAAAGUGCAGAGCUGCGGCCCAGCCCCCCAAGCGGGGAGCUUGGAGAGUGAUUGGAGAUACGUGGUCGUGUCCGGGACCCCAGAGAAGAUCUUGGAGCACCUUUUGAAUGACUUGCACCUGGAAGAAGUCCAGGACAAAGAAACAGAGACCCUCCUUGAUGACUUCCUUCUCACGUACACGGUCUUCAUGACAACUGACGACUUGUGCCAGGCGCUGUUGAGGCACUAUUCUGCUAAGAAGUAUCAAGGCAAAGAAGAAAACUCAGAUGUUCCUUGUCGGAAACGGAAGGUCUUGCAUCUUGUUUCCCAGUGGAUUGCUCUGUACAAAGACUGGUUACAUGAAGAUGAACAUUCAAAAAUGUUUUUAAAGACCAUAUACAGAAAUGUACUGGAUGAUGUAUAUGAAUACCCAAUACUUGAAAAAGAACUGAAAGAAUUUCAAAAGAUACUUGGAAUGCACCGUCGUCACACUGUAGAUGAAUAUUCACCACAAAGGAAGAAUAAAGCCCUUUUCCACCAAUUCAGUCUUAAGGAGAACUGGCUCCAGCAUAGAGGAACUGUGACGGAAACAGAGGAAAUUAUUUCACCUCAUGCAGUUUUCUGUCACGUGUAUAUCACGGAGCACUCCUAUGUCAGCGUGAAGGCAAAAGUUUCCAGUACAGCCCAAGAGAUCCUGAGAGUGGUGGCGGAAAAGAUCCAGCAUGCGGAAGAGGAUCUGGCUCUGGUAGCCGUCACGUUCUCUGGGGAAAAGCAUGAACUUCAGCCAAAUGACUUGGCCAUCUCCAAAUCCCUUGAAGCAUCUGGUCGGAUAUAUGUCUACCGGAAAGACCUGGCUGACACUUUGAAUCCUUUUGCAGAAAAUGAAGAAUCACAGCAAAGGUCGAUUAGGAUUUUGGGAAUGAACACUUGGGAUAUUGCUCUGGAAUUAAUGAAUUUUGAUUGGAGCCUCUUCAAUUCAAUUCACGAGCAAGAGCUGAUCUACUUCACGUUCAGCAGACAAGGAAGUGGGGAUCACACAGUGAACCUGAGCCUCCUACUCCAGAGAUGCAAUGAGGUCCAGCUCUGGGUGGCCACGGAGAUUCUGCUCUGCAGCCAGCUGGGCAAGAGAGUGCAGCUGGUGAAAAAAUUCAUCAAAAUUGCUGCUCACUGCAAAGCCCAGAGAAACCUGAAUUCUUUCUUUGCUAUUGUGAUGGGUCUCAACACUGCUUCUGUCAGCCGGCUGUCCCAGACCUGGGAGAAAAUCCCUGGGAAGUUUAAGAAACUUUUUUCUGAACUUGAAAGUUUAACGGAUCCUUCCCUGAAUCACAAAGCCUACCGAGAUGCAUUCAAAAAGAUGAAGCCGCCCAAAAUCCCUUUCAUGCCCUUAUUGCUUAAAGAUGUAACGUUCAUUCAUGAAGGAAAUAAAACAUUUUUGGAUAAUCUUGUCAAUUUUGAAAAACUGCAUAUGAUUGCGGACACUGUCCGAACACUGAGACACUGCAGGACUCACCAGUUUGGAGGUGACAUAUCUCCAAAAGAGCACCCAGAGUUAAAAUCCUACGUUCACCACCUGUGCGUCAUUGACAGCCAGCAGGCCCUGUUUGCGCUCUCGCACAGGAUCGAGCCACGGGUGUGAGCCCCCCCACGCCUCGCCACCCUGGAACCGCAGCCCCGGGAGCUCCGGGGAUGGCAGCGCCGAGCACGUUGCUUUCCUGAGAGAAAAGAAGUUGCUGAGUUUUAUCAGCGUAUCACAAGACAUACACAGGAAAGCCAGCCAGAGCGUGCUCGCGAAGUGAUGUCAGCUGCCAGAGAUGCGGAGAGGCUGCUGUUGGAAGGGGAAGGCAGAAGCUUUCUCGAAAUGGAGAAGCCUGGUUUCUUAGGAUCACCUUGUUGAACCAAUCCAAUGUUCACUUUGAGAUGCGCCAGCGUCAAGACGAGAGACCGUCUCCCGUCAUACGGUGACCAGGUGUCUCCGUAAGAGCAUGUGUGAGCCUGGGAGGAGUUUUACUUUGCCUGGCAGCAGAUGCCUGUUUCUAGGCUGUCAAAGCGGGAGCUCAUUUGAACACCUGAAGACAGUGACGGCAUCUCUAGGUUUCCAGGGAGACGCACCGGUCUCUGUCUUUAUGAACUAUGACAUCACCAAAAGCCACUUGUGUCUAGGGAGUUAGUGAGGACUGGCAGCUGGCAUCCCUGCUCUGAUCUCCAGAAGAGAAAUGUCAAGGCAUGCAUUUCUUGGCAUCCACAGUCACUUAGCGAUGUGUGCUCGCAGGUGAAAUGCGUUUCUGCGCAACUGAUUCACAACUGUAGGCAAGUUAGACUAAGUUGCUUUGCCAACACGGAAGAACAGUCACCUUUAAGAAAUCGAUGCAUUGAAUUUCUGGGGAUUUUCUUUCCACGUGCAAGCAGGCUCUCAUCUCGGGUACCAUACGAUUUUUGACAAAAGCACAGUGCCUGACACAUUGCAGGCACUCUUAACUGUUCCUGGGGGUGACGGUCACAAAGGCCCGCCUUUUUGUGCCUGGCGAUGCCCUCGUGUGUUGCUUGCUUCCAGCAGCCUCAUGCCCGUACUGUGGAAUGAGAACGGCCCAUACAGGGCGCUUAAGUGGGAUCUGAUGUGUGAAGCACUUGGCACUCCCUGGAGAAGAACAAGGGGUUAAAAUAGUGGUGAUCGCCCAUCUUUCAGCAAAUGAAAAGAACCCCAAAGAUCUAAAUGUCUGAUGUAUGUUGGACACUUAGAAGUCCUAUAGUCUGCCUCCCAACCAAGGCAGGGAGCCUUUCUAUAAUCUGCCUUUUUUUUUUUUCCCCCAAAUUCUCAGAGUCUUUUAAGUCUUUUUAUUCCCAUUUUUACAGGUGGGGGCUCCUACAGUAAAUAUGAUCUCUUGCUGUUCUCAAGAACUGGUUAGAGGAUUUCCCUCAACCUUCAAGUGAACAAAAAAGCCUGUGAGAUACAGUAAUGAAAUCCACCCCUGCCAGCUGGAUCCUUGUCACUUUGCUAAAAUACAAGGGCCCUGCUUUGCCUGUUAGGUUCAUUCAUUUUCCACACAUGUGAUCCUGGUGCCCCUCUCACCCCUCCUGCCUGGUCCCCUCCUUGGUGCCUGUACAGAAUCGCUUCUUCUUGUCCUAUCAGCACCUCAUUACUGAGAUGUGUCCAAUGCUUUCUUACACCUUUAUAGCAAUGCUGUUUCCUGGGCUCGGGAGCCGCACUGAGCUUGAGAGAUCCCUGUUAGCAGCCACAGGGAGCAAAUUUGGGGUGGGACUUUGAAAGAGAGUCUGUCCCAGCAUGUCAGGCUUCAGUCCUGAACAUUAACACGGCUUUAUAGAAAGGCACCAUCCAGGGCUAGUCCACUCAGAGAAAUGCCCCAGGCUCCUGGGAAUGGAAUGAGACCCACUGGAGGAGAUCAGACCCACCAGAACCAGGGAAAAGAGACUUUUCUCAUGGCUGAUCAAACACUGGAAAAGCGCUCCCCUUGGCAAUUACUGAGGACGCUGUGGGCUUACGGCACCAGUGUGUGUUCUGGUCUUUUCUCUAUGCUCAGGAGUAGCAUUGGGCCAUUCUAAUCCUACAAGGCCAUUUUGACAUCGUCUCUUGUGUUUUACAGUUUAAAUGGUUAUUCACAUUAGAUCUGCAUUGCUCCAUCUAAAAGUAUUGCAGUUGCUCCAGUGGAGAACUAUUUUAGCACAGCACCUGCUGCUUGGACCUCAACUCAGAUGUGUGCAUGGCCAAACGAAUCCACACGUACAUCACACCUAAACAGAUUUUGAGGGUGUAGUCGGAGUACCCCACGUGGUAUGGGUGGAAACAGACUGGGAGAGAACGGCGCUUGCCCGCUGUUUCCUCCAGCCAUGGUCUUAAUGGCUCUUGGGGCAACAAAAGGGAAGGAUUUUGUUUUGUUGAGAUGUGCUUUUCCAUCCCUGUCUUCUGAAAGUCAAAAUCUCUAAAUCUUCCUGAAAUUUAACAACGAUCUGCAGAGGUCUCCCAGGCAGCAGCUCUCAGAAAUUUCAGAAGCAAUGAGAAGACGUGAAUCUGGAAUCAAUGAAUUCAAGGCAGAAUCAUGGGAACCAGAUGUAGCUCAACAUGAAGCUGUUUCCAAUGAGUCUGUCCAAGUGAACAGGCUGCAGGGGACUUAAGCAGGGUCCCUGUUAAUAGGGGUGGGUCAUAUUCCCUCUGCAUAUAUCUGCCAAGGCCUCUUUGGAAUAGGUUUUGUUCUGGCCAGAAGGGUGGCCAGGAGGACCUGUAAGCUCCUUUCUAACUCUGUUAGAUUUUCACAAUCGCACGAAAUCUCCAUUCACUCUGAAAAAUCUCCUAUCACCUGAGACCUUCACCAGCGACGGGUGCGUGGGCACUUCUGAGGGGGUUCUUUUCGCUAUGGCACAAUUUUCAGACAGUCCUAUGGGUCUUUGGAUCUGUCAGCAAACCAGCCCUGCUUAGAAGAUAGCACAGGGCAAGUUCCUAUCGGCAAAAUCACAACCACUCAAAAAAAUGUUUUUAAUUUUUCCAUACCCAUUUGCAGAUGCUCCAAAGACUACAGUGUUUUAUAAUAACUUCACUCUUCGUUAUAAUCUGUAUAAUUGCCAGACGGUUGUAGUGACACAUAUUAUGGCCUGCGUUCACUUUAUUCUAGUAUCUCGUUAGAAUGAAUUCAUUUUCCUAGACCCCUGUCCACAAGCAAGUUGGGUGCAGAAUACCUUAAAUUCAGAAGCAUAGGGACAAAGUAACAACCCAUACCUCCCAGCUUGUAGGGAGAUGUUGCACUAAUGCAUGCUCACCUCCAAGUAGGGAGACACAGUGGCAUCAAAGAGAAGGUGCUGGUGACGUUUGAUCCCUGGAGCUGGGCUUCCACUGCUGCCCCGAUCCCUGCCCAGUGGUUUUGUUGCAGCCAUCGCACACACCACAGAUUCCAAGUGUCCCUAGAUGGCAGAGCUAGUCUGAGCUUCUCAGAAACUAGGCAAAAACAUUCAAAUGGGGAAGAUCAGGUCCACUCUGGUGAUCUAACAUGGAUAGCAUUUCUUUUAAAUGCUUCAAAGACAUGUCCUUAAGUUUUCAGCCUGCUUAUUAACGAGUGAGCCAUUGUGCUUAAAACUAGUGCUGGAAAAAAGUUUUUAAAAAUUGCCAAAAAGUUAGAUGAAAGUGUACUAUAUAAAGCAAAGCUGUAUAUACUAAACAUUUUUUAGCAGAGUAAUAUUUAUUUGCAUAGCCUAUUUAUUCGUAUUCCACUGUUAUCAAAUACUGGGAUGAAAUCGAUGAGACCGCUGUGACAUUAUCAGCUUGCAUUAACAGAAGAUAGAAAACCCACAAUCAGGGCGUCUACCUAACUUCUCAGGGACUACACUUUGUAGUUUUCCACCAUUAGAAGAGCUGGUAAAUAUGAAACAUUUGUGGAAUUACCAGAAUUGCCAUUAACAGUAUUUUCUUUCUCAUAUUUCAUGCUUUCUGCUUCUGUAUAUAUGACUGUGCUGUGUAUUUAUCAAAGCUAGUAAGCAAUAAUUUAUAUGUAAAAAUGGCCAAGCAAUAUAAGGUGAAAACUUACAUGUAAGUCACUGUUACCUUAUCUUGUAUUUUCAAGUGUUUUUUUUUAAAAACUGCUUUUCCAAAUAUAAGAUGAUGUUAAAGAUACUA